UAAAACUUCAACGUCCCCAAAAGCAGUAAUAAAUCGACUACGCACAUGCCACAACAGCUAGCUCUGGCUGCGACAGGAUUAUGAAAUUAUGGAGGUGAAGUUCGCGAACAACAUUUUUAUUGUUCUUGCGAGUUACGUGCUCGAGCCCUCACCACCGAACCAACAGUUCUCCCAUGAUUCACACAGAAAUCAUUUUGAAUGAAAAAAAAAAAAAAAAUUGAACAGGUGGUGUAACCAUCCAUUGUGGUAAUAGUUCUAGCUUUGACCUCUAGGGGAUCAACAACAACAUUUUGCUUUCGCGCUUACUUUCACGUGUACAUCCAUGUCCACGAAUAUAUUUGUAGGAGAAUUAAGCAGAAAAUAAAAAUGAGCACAAGUGUUUUAUAACUUAACCCUUAAAAAACUCAACUCAUCAGUGAGGCAACCGGAGCCAACCAAACUACUAAAAAACUACUAUACUUACUGUACCAAUAACAAUGAAAAAAGUUAAAAGUUCGAAGGAAAUGACUUUCUAAUGAACGAUUUUUGAUCCUUCUUAUUCGUGUUGUGCAGAAAAUCAGGUACACGGAUAUUUCACGGUCACGUAAUACGGUAGUCCGACUAUAUAAACUGUUCCAGAAUUUUGAGUUCAUUUUCCAAAGCCUGAGCUGAUAACACGAAACUGGAAAAAAAUUUCAAUUUCAAUGGUUACUGAGAAAACGCCAAAGUCAGAAUUGAAACGUUCAACGAAUAACUCAUUCAAUGAAAAUAUCGCUCGAAGAUGACGUUGCUAUACCGAUUGCAGGCCUGUGGGAAACUCUUUCAGAGUCCUCAGGCCAAAACACAUUUAUUUUCAAAGUGUCAUAUCCACGCAUGGAGAAACACAGUGAAUAUUUCAAAAUUAUCAAGAAAAAAAAUAUUUGUCGCAACUGUCAGAUGGAAAUCAGCUGAGUCUGCUAAAUCAAAAAUUGAGGCUGUAUCUUUGCCGAGGGCACAAAAAAAGUCCGAGCUUAAAAGGCUUUUGGGGAUAGCAGCUCCAGAAAAAUGGCGACUUGCAGGAGCAAUAGUUCUGCUUAUUGUGUCCUCGACCGUUACUAUGGCAGUACCAUUUUGCAUUGGAAAAAUAAUAGACAUAAUUUACACAAGCGACCAGGUGAAGACCCGAGAAAAUUUGAAUAAAUUGGGUCUAGCGUUGUCAGUGGUUUUUCUCAUUGGUGCAGUAUGCAAUUUUGGUCGAGUGUACUUAAUGUCAACAACGGGCCACAGAAUCACACAAGCGUUGAGAAAAAAAUUAUACUCUUCGAUAAUCAGCCAGGAAAUAGGAAUGUUUGACAGAGUCAGUACGGGCGAGCUUGUUGGACGAUUGACCGGUGACACACAGUUAGUGAGCUCUGCGGUAACGAGCAACGUUUCGGAUGGUUUGAGAUCAACGAUAAUGACUAUUGCCGGAGUUUCAAUGAUGUUUUAUGUAUCGCCUCAGUUGACCGUUAUGAGUCUCGCCGUGGUUCCACCUGUGGCUGCCCUCGCGGUCGUUUACGGUCGUUUUGUCAAAAAGAUAUCAGAAGAUGUGCAAAAUAGUCUUGCUUCAAUGAAUACCACUGUCGAAGAAAGAAUCAGCAAUGUCAGAACCGUUAAAGCAUUUGCUCAGGAAACUAAGGAAAUAUCAAGAUACAGUAAAAAACUGAACGACUUGCUGCAGCUUUGUUACAAGGCGAGUUUUUAUCAAGGUUUGUUUUUUGGGAUGACAGGAUUAUCAGGAAAUAUAAUUGUAUUGUCGGUCCUUUAUUACGGUGGUGUUAUGAUCACUGAUGCAACAAUAACCGUGGGGAACCUAAGUGCCUUUCUUCUCUAUGCGGCUUACAUCGGUGUCUCCAUCGGUGGGCUUUCCAGCUUUUACACUGAAUUGAACCGCGCCUUGGGCGCCAGUACUCGCGUUUUUCAACUGAUCGAUCGUCAACCCUUGAUACCAAUUUCCGGAGGCAGGAUACUCGAUACUCCACUUUCCGGUGACAUUGUCUUUCGCGGUGUUAGCUUCAAAUAUCCCGCUCGCGAGGAUUGUUGGAUUUUGAAAGACUUCAAUCUCCAUGUGAGCGAAUCUUCUGUAACGGCCAUCGUUGGACCGUCGGGUUCAGGAAAAUCGACUAUUGCCUCGUUGCUCCUAAGAUUUUACGACCCCACUUCAGGCUCUGUGCUUCUGGACGAUCAUGAUUUACGCAAUUUGGAACCCACUUGGGUCAAAUUACAAAUCGGAUUCGUCUCUCAAGAGCCCAUUCUCUUCAGUGGCUCCAUUAAAGAAAACAUCGGAUAUGGGAUUGAAAAUGCAUCGGAGGAUGAGAUUAUUCGAGCUGCUCAACAAACUAAUGUUCUAGAAUUUGCUGACAAAAUGCCCGAUGGAUUGAACACCAUGGUUGGAGAAAGGGGAAUUACUUUGAGCGGUGGACAACGACAAAGAGUCGCGAUUGCCAGAGCUCUUAUUAAAAACCCAAAGAUCUUCAUUCUGGAUGAGGCAACGAGUGCUUUGGACGCAGAGAGCGAGCAUUAUGUGCAAGAAGCUCUGGAACGAGCAACGGCCGGAAGAACGGUUUUAACAAUAGCACAUCGUUUGAGCACAAUUAAAAAUGCUGAUCGGAUUGCGGUGCUCGAUCAAGGCCGUGUGAUCGAGUCUGGAACAUACACGGAACUAAUGCAGCUUGAGAACGGGCUUUUCAAGAAGCUAGUGAAGCAUCAGACCUUCGGUUGAAAGAGACCUAGAUAGUUUGAUUUAUUUAAUUUUUGCGAGGAGAGUGGUGGUGGAUGGAGUUGGUUUAUGGAAGGGAGAAUAAGGGAAGAGAAAGGGAGAAAGAACGAAGAGAAUUAUGAAGAGAAUAGGGCUUUGGGGAUUAUUACGACAGUAGGCAGCGCGAAUGAGUAAGGUUUCGCAAGGCAUUAACCGAUGCUUGUGUAUCGAAGGCUCGACACUUCUUACACUCAACCGAUCUGCGCGUUUUUUAAUCGUCCGAAUCUCACCCAGUUUUUCUACGAGGUCAUAUCGCGUUCAUAACUUAUCAAUAAGAUUGAACUUUGUCACGUGCUAUUUAUACGUCGAUUGAAUAAGCCCGUCGUUGACUUUUACGAUAAAAAUCAUAUUUUCAUUUAUUUAUGAGUUUCAUCAAUAGUGCAUGAAUUCCAAUCUAAUCCGAAUUCAUAAUGUAACUCUCACUGGGAACAAGCGCUCACCUGGCUCUACUUCGGACAUCGCAGUUGUUCGCCAAGUCUUUAACGAUAAUGAUUUCGCGACGAAACGCGAUCGUUAUGUGUCCGACCUCGUUCGACCUAUGUAGAUAACACACAAACGCGAGAUAUUACUCUUUUCCUUCGUUUCGUUCUGCCUUUCUCUCUCCUUCGUAUUUUAGUACAAAUACGAUAUUUGUACGAAUAGGAAGUUACGAGUGAAUACGGCCUCUGUCUCCGCUCGCGGUUAAACAGUUCGACCAACUCGAACAAAUUCGUGCAAAGUUUUCUCCUUCGACAUUUUAUUCUCUCACACAUUUUUCCCUGUCUAUUUCUUGCUGGAUCGCUCAGUGCUCUCGCGACUGCCAAGGUGUUUAAUUCUCCGAGUACAACCCCUCGUUCUGGAUACUUAAACUAUUAACGUUUCUUCACCAAAGAUAUUGCAAAACCUUUUUCACGUUAUAAAACUACUCGAUCGUUGGGCUAAAACCUUGAACCGGGAACGAGAAAAAACAUAAAACCUUGCAAAACGUAAACUUAACUGUAACGUGUCCAUUGAACGGUUUGGCAACUCGACUAUGUAAAUAUAGCUGUCAAAACGGUUUGAUAUAUUAAAUUUAAGUAGAUAAUAUGGGAGACGCUUGUUCAGAGAGAGUCUCAACUUCAACUCUCCCGAAAAAAAAAUAUUAUAUGUAAAUAA